AUGUCUACCUUUGAACAGUUUAAUCCAGAUUUUUACCAAUCAAAUUAUGAUAUUAAUGACCAACAACAAACCAUGUAUGACUAUGGAGGGAGCAGCAAUCCAGAUUCAAGUAUAAAAACGGGCAAAAAAGACUGUUUAGCUGACAGUCAAGCAUCACUCAAUUGUGAAUUUGAGGAUGGUCAUCCACGGCCCAAAGUAUUUGUUCCUCCAGAAAUGACACAAUCUUCACAGCUCUAUGCAGGACAUAUCUUACAGCCCCAGGAGAUUUACACUCCCUUUAGCCCAUCUUCUGAAAUAUAUGGUGACAUUGAUGAUGAAGCAUCACUUUUAGAAGAAAUUGGGAUCAACUUUGACCACAUCUGGCAGAAAACAUUAACAGUUCUGAAUCCGAUGAAACCAGCAGAUGGCAGCAUUAUGAAUGAGACUGAUCUGACAGGACCAAUAGUUUUCUGUUUGGCAUUUGGAGCCACAUUGUUGCUGGCGGGUAAGGUACAAUUUGGAUACAUUUAUGGAAUCAGUGUUUUGGGAUGUUUGGCGAUGCAUGCACUGCUGAACCUGAUGAGUGUUACAGGGGUCUCAUAUGGCUGUGUGGCCAGUGUCCUGGGCUAUUGUCUCCUACCAAUGAUCAUUCUCUCUGGCUGUGCAGUCCUCUUUUCACUCCAGGGAGUGAUUGGAAUCCCGCUCGCUUUGAUUGUCAUUGGAUGGUGCAGUCUAUCAGCCUCAAAAAUGUUUAUCUCUACAUUGGCAAUGGAAGGACAACAGCUUCUUGUCGCCUACCCUUGUGCCUUACUGUAUGGGAUCUUUGCACUUCUGACAGUUUUCUAA